AUGACAUCCAUUUCUCCAGCCGACUAUGAAUACUGCCGAAGUAUCUUUAGCAACCCAGAUUCAUUAAGAGCAAAAGAGUUCUUCAAGAUCCAAACUACGAGCUGCGCCGGACAGACAGGUUCUGUGACGUUUACUCCAGACAGCAGAAACGUCACUAGUAACAGUUACGUGUGUCCACGAGGAACCACUCUCCAACUUGUCAACUCACAAAAGUUCUGUGUGCAAUGUGAGCCUGGCUACAUGGAGAAUGGGAACCAGUGUAUCGAAUGUCCUUCUGGCCAAUACCAAAACCAGACUGGACAGACUGAGUGCAAGGCUUGUGCUGGCAACUUUAGUUCUUCACCAAGAGUGUCUGCUAGUCAGUGCGUAGAGUCCUGCCCCCUGGGUUUUGCAAACGGGCAAGGAAUAGUUGCAGACCCCUCACGUUGCUAUGCCUGUCCUGUUGACACCUACCUCAACACGUCCUACACCGCGAACUGCACGGCCUGCUCCAAUGGCUCCACCACGUUCGGCACAAGGGGCGCCUCGUCGUCUGCACAGUGUAAAGCCUGUCCACCAGGACAGUACCCAGUCAACAGCACCUCGUGCUCGCCAUGUCCCCGGGGCUACUACAAGAACUCGACAGGCUACACCAAGUGUACGGAGUGUCCAGCUAACACUACCACCAACACCACUGGAUCGUCAGCCUCUGCUGACUGCAUAUCACCCACUUCUCCUGCAUGUGGAAACGGUGGCACACCAGUCAUUUACUUUCACGAAUACACCUGUACCUGCCCUGAGGGCUACUACGGAACGACUUGUGAAAACCCGAUCAACCCUUGUGACUCCAGUCCCUGCUACAACAAUGGUACAUGCAGCACACAGGGCUUGAACUACACCUGCUCGUGUCCUUCAGGCUUUACUGGAAACCAGUGUCAAGUCGAUUCCCAGAAUAACUGCCAGAACAACACGUGCUCGGACAUCAGCUUCUGUCGCGACAAGAUUAACUCCUUCGACUGUGUGUGUCCCUCUGGCGGCAAUUAUACAGGACCACAGUGUGCGGUGCCCCAGGACCUGUGUUCCUCUAGUCCCUGUAAAAACGGUGCCACCUGUCAAAACUUCCCUGGCGUCCGCUACACAUGUCAGUGUCAGCCAGGCUACACUGGAAGCACUUGUGAAACACUUAUUGAUCAGUGUGCUUUGAACUCUCAUGGCUGUCUGUACGGAGGUCAGUGCACUAAUGGCAUCAAUAACUACACUUGUUCCUGCCAACAGUCUUACCAAGGCUCUCACUGUCAGCAGACACCAGACUACUGUAACCAAAGUAACCCUUGCCCCGGUGGCGUCUGCUACAACGACUACAACAUGUCCAAGGCGCUGUGUGCCUGUAGCUACCCUUACCGACUGAAUGUCAGCAGCGGCCGUUGUGAGGAGAUUGACGUCUGCUCUGAGAGGCCAUGCCAGAACAAUGCCACGUGCCAGCGCGUGUCUCCAGGCCAGUUCCACUGCGCAUGUCCACAGGGUUACGAGGGGUCAUUGUGUCAACACAUCGUCAGGUCCUGCACCAACAAUUCGUGUGUUCACGGACAGUGUGUAGAUGUACUGAACAACUACACGUGUGUUUGCGAUACUGGCUAUACUGGUCGUUCAUGCGAGGUCAAUGUCGAUGACUGCCCUGGCCAGUGUGUGAUGAGUAACACACUUACCUGUAUCGAUGGGGUCAAUCAGUACACUUGCUCUUGUAAAGCUGGCUUCACUGGUGUAAAGUGUGAGACUGAUAUCAAUGAGUGUGCGAGUCUGCCCUGUAAGCAUAACGGAAUGUGCGUCGAGAGCGGGACACCUGGUGACUACAACUGCACCUGCAGAGAUGGAUGGACGGGGAAAAACUGCGACACACUUCCUGACUUCUGUAGAAACGACUCUUGCCAGAAUGGAGGAGUGUGCUACAGCUUGCAGGACAGGCUUUUCUGCAGCUGUCAAGCAGGUACACAUGGAAACGCUUGCAACGAAACCACGAACAUCUGCAGCAUAGUGAGCCCUUGUGCCAACCCUAACCAAUGUCAGUCUGGCAACGGAACGGCCUCCUGCAACUGUCCUCAGAACUCCACUGGAGGUUCAUGCCAGCUGGCCAAAGAUUUCUGUAGCCCCAAUCCGUGUCCGACUGGCCAGUGUGUGACAACUGAUGUAGGCUACAGCUGCCAAUGCCAAGCAGCUGACAACUGUACCACCACAAACCACUCGUGUGCUUCACUGACAUGUCCCAGUGGAAGUAGUUGUAAGGAGACAGCAAGUGGCCCUGUGUGUCUUUGUCAUCCGGGCUACCUUCUGGGUGGUGGUGUGUGCAAAAACACGUCCAGCGACUUCGACAUCUACUUCACCAGACGCUCCAACACUGCGGUCCGGGCUCUGCAGCCAUUCACAGUCACAGGACAAGCUUUAAGUCUCACCUUCUGGAUCUCUUUCCUUGACGAUUCGAGUUCCUUCCCGGUACAACUCCUCAGUGACAGGAUGGACCGGGUGCUCCUCGUCUCACAGUCUGGAGUCACCUUCGGCGGUACAUUUGCUGUAAACUUUACAGAUUAUAACGGAAGUCCACAGUCACUGUCUGCAGAACACAAAUGGACCUUCUGUGCGAUCACGUGGAGUGUGACAGGCCAAUACAAGAUCUACAUCAACAGUGUCGAGCUGCCAAGCGGCAAUGGAAUUCCCAACGGUUAUUUCCCCUCCUUAGGAAGCGUGUUGUACCCCUACAUCGGCGAGGACUUUGUUGGCUACAUCUCGCAGCUCAACGUGUGGAACGGCACUCUGACCAGUCAGGCAGCCCUGGCUUUGUACGCCAACAGUGCUGCUGCCCCCUCAUCCCUGGCACCAGCCUAUCGCUGGGCAGAGUAUCAGUUCAACUCCUGGGUCAAGGUUAUCUCCCCCAGCACCGUGAAGCGAGACAAAACCAUGUGUCAGAUGAAAAACUAUGGUAACGAGUGUGCCAACGACACAGUCAAAACGCCGAUUGUCGCAAACUGUUCCACGACAGACCUGAAAAUUCCCACCUACCGUCAAAUACAGUUAUUUGACCACAUGAGCACGAAAACGAUCUUCCCUGAGGAUUAUCAGGUGUUUACUAACAUGAAUGGAACGCUGCUGACCUUUGGCGCCUACCACGUGGUGUACGCAUCUAGAGACACAGCGGGCAACGUCGCCAUGUGUCGCUUUAACGUCUACGUGCAACGUGAGGGUCAUGUGUGCAACUCUGGGGAGGCUGACUCUGGUGAUUCAACUUUGACCUUUUAUGGUGCGCAAUCCUCGUUGGGUGAGAGCGUGACGUGCCCGGGGAACUCUAGCGUCAUGCCGUUCACGCCCAAGGUCCUGACGUGCGGCAAGCUGGGCUCCUACAACCUGGGUGACCUUUACACCCUGCCUCCAGCACAACCGUGUAGUGACUUUGUGGAUAUUCAAGUGCUGGCGACCUUGUCCCUGAAGUAUCAGCUGGGUGUGUCCUGUGGUACCACUGAGUCAACAUCGCUGAAAAGCAGUCUUCAGAACAAAGUGAAGAACUUGACC